AUGUCUAAUCCUGAGAAAGCUCCUAUGUAUUCCGCUGGCGACCAGCACGGAGGCGGUUUAUUGCCUACCGCCCAGCCCGGCCAGGAUAAUCCUUCUUACGAUAACUCAGCCCCUCCUGUUUACGAGCAAGGAACAGCUGAGCUCCCCAGCGAUGAGAAGCAGCAACAGCCUCCUCAAUACGCUCCUCCUCCUGGAGUCGGAUCCUCACAAUCAGCCACGGACGAGAAGCAAAGACUUGCACAGCAGUAUAUCCCACCUCCUCCUCCUGGCCCUCCUCCUGCGGAAGACCAACAUCAGCAAUCUGGUAUUCACCCAAACCCGCUUCAGGGCAACCCAGUAGCUGCACCUCAACAGCAGCAGGCGACUCAUCAGCCCAUCGAUACCCAGCAGGAACAAAAGAACUACGCAAUCCCACAAUACGAUCCAGCUCAUCCCACUUUCGCGCCUCCUCCUACAAACCCUACAAACCCGACAAACGAGCCCAGCCAGCCAACCACUGCAGCUCCUGUCCACAGUGAGCCCUUCGGCCACGGCAAUGAUCAGCCACACGGAUAUGGCGCUGGCUCUGGUUAUGAUAACAAAAACGAUACAGGAAACGUCUCAACAUUCGUGCCUCCUGAGGAACACAAGAAGCCCGGCUGGAGUGAGCGCUUUAGCCAGCUUGGUCUCAAGGCCGCGGCCCCUAUCAACAACUUGGCGCACAAGUUCGGUAGCCAGAGUUUCCUCCCCGAGACUAUUGAGAAAGAGUGCGACAAGGCAGCUUCUAUUCUUAAGUCCUUCUGCAAAAACGGUGUCUAUGCCGACCCUGAUUCCAGCCAGGUUCCCACAUCGACAGACCCCAAGGCACAAGCGACCAACGACGAGAUUAUCGACCCUACUAAGGAGAAGCCCAAGCAGCGGGUGCUUGUUAACAUCCCUCCCAAGGUCAUUGCCAAAGCCCAGGGUCUCGCCAUCUUCACUACUCUCCGUGCCGGCUACGCAUUCUCUGGUGCUACCGGUUCUGGUAUCCUGAUCUCACGUCUCCCUGACGGAUCAUGGGGCCCACCCUCAGGUAUCCAGGUGCACUCUGUAGGCGCUGGCUUCAUGAUCGGUCUUGACAUUUACGACUGCGUUUGCGUCAUCAAUAGCCGAGAGGCGCUCAACGCUUUCGCCAAAACACGUGUUGCUCUUGGUAGUGAUCUCGCUGUCGUUGCUGGCCCUUACGGAGCUGGUGGUGCUGUUGAAAUCGGCGCGGGCGUGGAUGGAAAGAAGCCCAAGGACAAGGAGGCCAAGGAUGAAGAGGCUCCCCCCAAGCCCCCUCGCCCUACCGAGGACAACCAGAACUUGAAGCCUGAUGAGAAGAAAAAGAAGGGCCGCUCGCUCAGUGCCAGCGGUUUCAAGCCUGUCUUUUCAUACGUCAAGUCACGCGGCUUCUACGCCGGUAUCCAAGUUGACGGCACAGUCGUGGUGGAGCGCAAGGACGCCAACGCUACAUUCUACGGCGAGCGUGUCUCAGUUGAGCAGAUCAUCAGAGGAGAGGUUCCUCGCCAGGCCAACAGCACGUGGCCUGCCGGCGCACGCAAUCUCCUCGAGACUCUCAAGGGGGCUGAAGUUGGUUCGCUCAAGGUUAAGCACAGUAAGGAUGGAGUGUCUCCCACGAAUGCCGGAUUCGGUGGUCCUUCUACCGAUCCUUCUGCCCCGGUAGCUUCUGGGGGCGUCGGUACUGAUGCCGCGCACCCCCCUGGUUAUGUUAACGAUGGAGUUCACCGACCUGAUGUUGGAGAUGUCAAGUAUCGUUAG